AGGCAGAUGCUGAGAGGAGAGACGCAGGACGGAAAAUACAACAAGUGAGUGAACUGUUGCUGCAAAUUAAGUCGCUCUGCAGCGGGAUUUCUGAAGGGCGAAAGUCUGUAAAAGUAACUCGUUAGAAUACGUGAUUUCUUUUUUAAAGAGCGCCACGCGACUUUGAAUUGUAGCGUCAUCAGUAAUACUCUUUUUUAAAUUUAUUUUGUAUUCACUUCGUGUCUGCUCACAUUGCCUGCGAGCGUUGCUUUGAGUAUUGUGGACGGCGCGCUCCGGCCACCAAGCAGGAGUCCUGGAUGAGAUGCUGCAAGUUUAAAUAUUAGUGUGACUUUGAGUUUGCAGCGCAGCGCAACUUGAGCCGAUGGCACAGUGAAAGCGCUCAGUCUCGGAAGGAUUUCGGUCCUGGAUCAGUUUUCUUACGGCGUUUCCAUCUGAACCCGCAGUAUGAAAAAACACUGAGAACCGCGAAGAAAAGAAAGAAAGAACUCGACAAGUAAAGCGUCCUCCCUAUAUGUGGUGGGUGAGAUGAACUCCAGUGGGAAUACUGUCGACCCCACCUGACAGAUCAACUGAAAGCUUCUCAUCAGAGCCUCCACAAGAUCUGGAUUUUAAAAAAGCAGUUGCCGUAAAAUCAACAUCUCAACGGUGAUGUUUAUUCAAAAAAUAUAUAGAAAAAGAUUUUUAUGUUUUUUUUUGUCUUGUAAAUUAAUGUAUCAUCUUUAGAUAUGUUGACAGCCCUCUGACAUUGUGAACCAGAAGAAAAUAAAAAAUAAAAGGAUACAAAACAAUUAUUCUGAAUACCAAGAAAUGGAAAAACCUAUUUGUCAUUCUCCCCCCGACUACUGAUUUUCUCCCGUCUGAGACUUGCCUGUCCCGAUCCUAGAAUAGCUCCCUUUUUCCUAUCUCUGUCCUGCACAAUCACACAUUUUCCUCCUCCACCUUCUCAACCCAGUAGUUACUCUCUUCAGCCUUCAGCCUGGCCGGCACAACCAUUCCAGCGAAGGGGGAGGAGGACUUCCUCACGCUGGCCGCCUCCCGGAUAAGCCGCAAGAAACGUGUCAUUGGGGCUGGAGUCGGUGUGGCCAUGGUCCUGGUCCUGCUGGUGGCCAUUCCCCUAUUAGUCCACACCACCAAGGGGGGAGGGUCCGGAGGAGGGGGUACGCACUUCGAGAUGCUUGGGAGCUGCAAGAUGGUGUGUGACACUUUCACCCCCCCACAGGGAGAGCUGACAGCCGUCUCCCCCCAGCCCCCAGACUUCUCAAACCGCAGGGGUAAACAGGGGUUCAGAGGGAACCCUGGACUUCCCGGUCCUCCAGGUCCUAAAGGGCCCCCCGGAGAGCCCGGCAAGCCCGGCCCACCUGGUCCACCUGGGCCAGGACCCGGAGGCUACGGGCCGUCCUUCUACAGUCCCAAAAUCGCCUUCUAUGCAGGCCUCCGGAAACAACACGAAGGGAGUGAAAUACUCAAGUUUGAUGAUGUUGUAACCAACGUAGGGAACUACUACGAACCGAGCACCGGCAAGUUCACUUGCCCUCUGCCUGGCAUCUACUACUUCACCUACCACGUCCUGAUGAGAGGAGGUGAUGGGACGAGCAUGUGGGCUGACCUGAAGAAGAACGGACAGGUGCGAGCCAGUGCAAUUGCUCAAGAUGCAGAUCAGAACUACGACUAUGCCUCCAACAGUGUUAUCCUGCACCUGGAUGUUGGGGACGAAGUGUGCGUACAGCUGGAUGGGGGCAAAGUCCACGGCGGAAACACCAACAAAUACAGCACCUUUUCUGGCUUCCUCAUCUACCCAGACUGACAGUAUACUCACAUGUAUAUAUUCUCCCUCUGUAAUCAAGCAAAAGGUUCCCUCUCCUUUCUUCAUCUAACACCACCAUGACUCCUUAAUGUAAUUUGUCAUUUCAAUGCCAUUCUCUACACAAACAUGUAAUUACUUGAUCACAGUUAACAAACAGAGAAAUUGUGUAAGAAUUCAUACAGUAUUGUAUAUAUCACCAGUAAACAUUUGCUUCUCACACUGUGUAAUCAUUAUUCUGUGCCAUGUACAGUGUGUGUAGGCGUGACUAAAACACCGGAUUCACAUGAAUUGAACUUCUCCUAUCAGUUGUUAAACUGAGACAAGAUGACCAUUUCAGCCACCGGUCUGAAAUCGACUGGAAUGAUCUCUGAAUGUAGACUGUAAAUCAAAGUAUCUGUACUUGGCUGCCGCUUCUCGCCUUCACUGUGAGAUGGAUUUCCAAAUGAGAAAAGUCAUGAAUAUAUUGAUCGCAGCUGAUAAUACAGCCAACACCAUGAACAUAAUCCAGUGUGUUGUAUGUUUGUGUUGAUGCUUGUGUGCGAGCAUACGUGUGUGUUUACCCUUCUGCUUGUAUUAAAGCAUGAACGUAUCACGCUGCUGUUAGUUAAACUUGCACAUUUUCCAGCUCCUGUUAAGGGAAGGGGUGUCAAGUUGUUGGUAACAGUCCCUUAAUACACACGGUAUAUCAAGAGGUUUCGCUUUGAGAUCUUCCCUGAGUCACAGCUCACGGCAGAGCCUCAUCAUGUACUACUAAUGAGCUGAGGCUUCCUCUACAGCCUGUUCAGUCACACUUCAUCUGGCAUCCAUAGUUUGCAAUACGCUUGUUUGCUUUCUUGCAGAGAUUUAGAUAAGAAAAUUGAAACUCUCUCAUAUUCAUCUGUUGAAGAUAACACUAUGGCCAGCAUCCACUUAGCUUAUAGCGUAAGGGCACGGUCAUACUAGAAAAGGAGUUGUAAGAUGUGUUGUCUGACCACGCUGGAAAUUAAAAGUGUAAAUCCAUCAACGGAAUGGUUACACUGGAAGGUCAAGUGGAGCUAUGUGAUAUGCUAUCAAUAUACAGUUGAAAUUUAAAUUGUUGUGUAACAAAUAGAAAAAUAAAGUUAAAAACCAAGGCUUCUUUCUCAUCUCUGCAGAGCUGUCCAAUAACAGUGUGAGGUGUGUGUGAAUGUUGGAUUGGAAACUUACAGAAAUGGUUAAACACAGCCUUCCUAAACCCUAAAAAGGUGUGUGAGAAGGGGUCUCCGAAGCUAUUUAAGCCAACAAGCACUUUUGAGGAAGUAUACUGACUUACUUUUAUGCUAACACAGCAUUGGAAACAGGGGGAAUUUGAUAGUCUGGCACAGUUGAAAAGGUAAUAGAAUCUACCUACCAGAAUCUUUAACACUCACUAAAUAAUGUGCAAUAGCUUGUCUGUUUGAUUCGUACAAAAACCUAACUGUAAAAAUAAGAAUUUGUGGUUUUGCUGGUGGUAGUUAAUUAUCGGAUUCUCGCGAUGUAGACAGAUCACGCGAUAACCACAAGAUCACAUAUCCUAAAAAAAGCCAUCUCGUCAUGCUUCAAGUAAUGUGUUUGUGUCCGGUAAUACAAAGCACGGACCAGUCAGUGUCCUGUGAGGAGCUAGUGUUAGCUACGGGCAUGACAUAGGUGUGUGUGUGUGUGUGUGUGUGUGUGUGUGUGUUUGUGUGUGACGAUACGGAGAGAGGACUGUUUGUUCUAAACAACAAUGGCAGCUUCUGAACUGGUUAGCGUAGAUGCUGCAAUAGCAUAAGAUUAAUCCCAACUGGAGAGUAUUUCUUAAUUGAUAGAAGAGCAAAGAAUGACAAUGGCGGCCUUUCUCAAUGAUCUUGUUUUCGCUCUUCUGCUGGUGCUUUGAUAAGAGUUUGAUUGACAGAUGGUUCAUCCAAUCACCUGCUACAUACAUUUUUUGAAAGGCCAUUCCCUUUUCCAGAGUUUCCAACAGCGGCUUCUCAGAUGGUGCUUUGUAAAAAAAGGUGGGUCGAGUAGGUUGUUGUAUGGACAGAGCAAAGCUGGGCUAGGUGGAGCAUCAUAUUUACUGAACAGAUAAGAGUGUGGUAUUGAUUUUCUUCAUCUAAUUCUCUGCGUAAAAACAAAUAACCGUAUCUCACAAAGUGUCAAACUUUUCCUUUAAUUUUACUGUGAAUAUACUCAUGUGAAGAUGUUUUUCAAAAUGCAGGUGACUGUUGUUGAUGUUUUACUGCCAUACCUGUCGGUUUUCUGUGCCUUACACUAUCUUUUUCAUUGUUAUGCAUGAGACACGUGUUGAAUGCAGGCGAUACAAACAAGCUGAUACAAACAGCAAUCUGAUGACCACUUUAAGAAAUAUAGAUGCUAACUGAGGACGUUGAUUGUGAAUCUUUGUAUGUAACUGAAUGUGACUCUACUGUGAAUAAAAGCCCCCGAAAUGAAGACCAAGGUUCAUUCGGUAUGGUGGGAAACACAAGGGAACGAACAACAGAAGCAUGUAACUGUGCUGUUCCUCCAGAUUACAUUAUAAAUAUGUUGAUGUAACCAAAUUACUAUAUUUAACAUUUCUAUUUUUUUCAAGUAAUAAUGCUUUGAAGGAUACAAUAUAAUACUCCUUUGAGCACAUCUGUUGUAGUUUUAGUGACAUGGAAAAAGAGUUUCAUAUUAGCCCGACAGAUCCAACUUUGAAGCCUGAUAGAUAGCAUGACUACCCCGAUGAGAUUAGGAUGUGAACGUUUCUAAUCAUUCUUGUACUGUGAUUGUAAAGCCCUCCCGACAUUGUGUAUUUGUACACAGACAUUCCUUCUUUCCAUUUACAUAGGCUUUACAUAACCUCUGUGUCAUGCUGCAUCCUACUGUGUGUGUUUUCUGGCGCUGUUACCUUCGUUCACGAGCAGUGUGGAUUCAUUGUUGUCACUGUACAAGCUGAAUUGUGUGUAUUUGUUAUGUAUAAAUCAGCAUUUUUUUUCCCCUCUGCCCUUGAAGACCAUAAAACACAAUAAAAUGAAAAGAAAAUUCAGGAUUAUUUUGCCGUCGCUGAGUCAAACCACUGCUUUUUGAAUUCUUUGUUCUCUUCAAAAACUCAGCUGGUGACAUGUUGUGAUACGUUCUCACUGCUCAGGGUGUUUAUUUUUUAUUGCAAAGAUCUCAAGAUUUUUUUAGCAUUUGUCAAACUUAUCUAAGGUUCGAAUAUGAAAACAGCUGACAAAUAUAUUCCAGUAUUUCCACCUAGAGCCAACAAUAAACCUACCUGCAAUGUAUUUGUUCCUCCAUUGAUAAAGAAUAAUGUGGUAAACUAUCUGACUUUGUGGACAUUAUUCCCUAAUUAUUGUUAUUUGUAAUAAGGUUUUGCCUGAUUUGUGCUAAUUUUUUGUGUUUUUAUGUCAAACUGAGUGCAAGAGUUAAAUAAAUAAAGUAAAGAUAUACACUUC